CAUCAAACUCCGGUCAUCGAGGCCCAAGUGGCUGGUCUUGGCUCCUUCCCCAAAUAAUGAAUAAAGCUACCCUCCGGCGGUGCAUGGAGGAGGUCAACAAUCUGCAUUAUCCUUGUCGCAACUCAACCAGCAUCUUUGACCCGACCUGCUGAAGCCAGACUGGCACCAUGUCAAACUCUCAACAAGCCCACUCUGUCGGAAGCCAAAGUCAUGACUCUCUCGACGAUGCCGAGAAAGGCAUGUACGAUAGUACAUUGGAGUCGAUAGCCCCUCCUCCAUUCGUAUAUGCAAGUCAUGGAUUCCCAACCCAUCUCAAUCCUCUCUUGUCGCCGGUAUCGCCUGUUCACGAAGGAAUCACUCCUUGCACAAGUGUUCCAGAACUAGUAUUAUCCAAACCAGCAAAAGCCGAAGUCAGUCACAUUGAGAUUGUCGAAAAGCCAAUUGCAAAGCCAGCACCAGCCAAGCAAAUCGUCAGUCGGUGGAUACUGUUCGAGCUAUGGUUCAACGCAUACCGGAGAUUCUUCACGCUUGUUGUCUCACUCAACCUUGUCGGUAUUGUUCUGGCUGCAGUUGGUCGAUUCAAAUACGCAGAAGAACACCUUGGCGCAUUAGUUCUGGGUAACCUCCUGUGUGCUAUCCUGAUGCGCAAUGAACUCUUCGUUCGCUUCUUGUACAUACUGGCCAUAUAUGGAUUACGAGGUUGGGCUCCUUUAUGUGUCAAGAUCGCAGUAAACUCGGUCCUACAGCAUUUAGGGGGUGUUCAUUCGGGUUGUGCACUGUCAGGAGCAGCUUGGCUUAUCUAUAAGAUCGUCGACAUAGUCCGGUACCGCGCUGUCCAACAUCCUGCUGUCAUUGCAAGCGGUAUCAUUACCAAUGUAUUCAUCAUCAUUUCUGUUAUGAGCGCCUUCCCAUGGGUACGCAAUACCUACCACAACGUCUUUGAAAAACAUCACAGGUUUAUCGGGUGGUUAGGACUCGCCAUGACGUGGGUCUUCGUAAUUAUGGGCAACACUUACGACAUCAAACUCGGUGAAUGGAGGUCGGACACCCACUCCCUACUUAGUGCGCAGGAACUCUGGUUCGCUGUCUUCAUGACAGUAUUUGUUCUGAUCCCUUGGGUCACUCUUCGCGAAGUCCCAGUCGAGGUUGAAAUACCCUCACCGAAAGUAGCAGUUCUGAAAUUCGAACGUGGCAUGCAGCAAGGACUGCUCGGCCGCAUCAGUCGCACUUCAGUCAUGGAGUAUCACGCUUUCGGCAUCAUCAGCGAAGGCCGCAAAGCCACCCACCAUUAUAUGAUCUGCGGCGUGCAAGGCGACUUCACUAGAAAUCUCGUUGCCAACCCUCCAAAGACUGUCUGGACACGGCAGCUGAAAUUCGCUGGCGUCGGUCAUGCCUCCGCAAUGUACAAGCGCGGAAUCCGUAUAUGCACUGGAACAGGUAUUGGUGCUGCGCUAUCGACCUGCAUCCAGAGCCCUGACUGGUUCUUAAUCUGGAUAGGAUCUGACCAGGAACGUACAUUUGGACCGACUAUAACAGGGCUGAUUAAGAAGCACAUCGAGCCUGAAAGAAUGAUCUUGUGGGAUUCGAAGAAGCGUGGUGGCAGACCUGAUAGCGUACAGCUGCUAAAGGAUACGUGGAAGAGCUGGGGUGCUGAGGUUAUCUACAUCACGAGCAAUAUGCAGGGAAACGACGAGAUGAUGCAAGGGUGCCGGGUGGCAGGUUUACAUGCGUUUGGGACAUUGUGGGAUUUCUAGUUGGCUCAUUAAGUUCGAUGUUUUGGUCAAGUACUUGCGGCUCGGGCGUUUUCAGUGGGAUGGCUGUUUUCAUUAUUGAUCCAGGCAUAUAGGAAGAGGC